GCUGCCCCCCUCUAGCACACAGAAUGGUUUUGCCCGUGGACCCGCUCCAGCUCUCUCAGCUCACACAGCUCCACAAUAUACUGAUUUUUUUGUCUGUCAGUUUGCUGUAGUAAUGCCGUUACACGCCACAAACGCUGCGGGAACACUACCGGGGCUGGACGGUUCCUCCACCGCUGCAACGAGUCUGUAAACGGCUGUCCGUGUCGUCCGGAUGAACCCCGCGGAAGAGCCGCACUGCCAGCGCCUGGAAUAGACAAGGCAGUCCUAUUCCCCCCUGUCCACCCCCUCCCUCCCUACCCUCCUCUGGGGCUGUAAAUAAGCCAGGGCUGUGUGGACCCUUGAGAAGUCCUCCCCCUCUAUUCUCCUCUAUCUCCAUCCCCCGGCCCACUCAGCCUCCACCGCUCUGCUGAAAGGUGCCAGGGAGAUGCUCAGAUGAUCCAUCGGGCCGCUCUGAACCACCACACGGCCCCGGACAGGGAAGACUAACCGGAGCGUGAGCGAGCCCUCGGAGAUCCCCCACAACUACCCCCCGCCAAGCCUGGCAGAAAGCUCGGCUUGCCCCUUCACUCCUGCAGCCCCUGAGAUGCCCUCCCCUCCCAAUGAUGGAGAGGAUCAAGGAGCGUCCCCCGUGAACGGGCCAUCUGUGGGCUCCUACCAGAGCAGUGGGAAGAGGAAGAUGCACACCAAAAAGAAGAAAGGCACCAUCACUGCCAACGUGGCUGGCACCAAAUACGAGAUUGUUCGUAUCGUCAUCAGUGAGAUGGACUUCCUCAAGACCCGGGACGAAGACGAGACGGCCAACCUCAUCUGGAACGACUCGGCCGUGCAGCACGAGAAGAUCGCUGAGCUCAGGAACUAUCAGAGAAUUAACCAUUUCCCUGGCAUGGGCGAAAUCUGCCGGAAAGACUGCCUCGCGAGGAACAUGUCCAAAAUGAUCAAGUGCCAGGCUCAAGAGUACAGCUUCAUACCCAAAACCUGGAUCUUCCCCGCCGAAUACACUCAGUUCCAGAACUACGUCAAAGAGCUACGCAGGAAACGCAAGCAGAAGACCUUCAUCGUCAAACCUGCCAACGGAGCCAUGGGUCACGGGAUCUCGCUCAUCCGUAACUGUGAGAAGCUGCCGGCCCAGGAGCACUUCAUCGUCCAGGAGUACCUGGACAAGCCCUUCCUGAUGGAGGGCUACAAGUUCGACCUGCGCAUCUACAUCCUGGUGACGUCCUGCGACCCACUGCGCAUCUUCCUGUACAACGACGGCCUGGUCCGCAUGGGCACCGAGAAGUACCAUGCCCCCAGCGAGGCCAACCUGAGCCAGCUCUACAUGCAUCUGACCAACUACUCGGUCAACAAACACAACGAGAACUUUGAGCGGGACGAGACGGUGGACAAAGGCAGCAAGAGGUCCAUCAGCUGGUUCACCGAAUUCCUCCGCACCAACGACUACGACGUGUCCAAGUUCUGGGGAGACGUCUCCGAGCUGGUGGUGAAAACGUUGAUCGUUGCUGAGCCUCACGUCCUCCACGCCUACCGCAUGUGUCGCCCCGGACAGCCACCAGGGAGCGACAGCGUCUGCUUCGAGGUCCUGGGCUUCGACAUCAUCCUGGACCGCAAACUCAAGCCCUGGUUACUGGAGAUCAAUCGAGCGCCGAGCUUUGGGACCGAUCAGAAGAUUGAUUACGACGUGAAGAAAGGGGUGCUGCUCAACGCUCUGAAACUCCUCAACAUUAGGGCCAGCGAUAAGAAACGCAACCUGGCCCAGCAAAAGGCGGAAGCUCAGCGACGGCUCUACGGACACGGAUCCAUGAAGAAGCUCUCAGCUGCUUCCUCGGACUGGGAGAAACAACGUCACACGCUGGAACGAAGGAGAGAAGAGCUGAAAGAGCGACUGGCACAGGUCCGCAAGCAGAUUUCCAGGGAGGAGCAUGAAAAGCAACAUCUGGGGAACUACAGACGUAUUUACCCCCCAGAUGACAAGCUGCUGCUGGAGAAGUAUGAAAGCCUGCUCUCGGCUGCCUUUCAGACCUUCCUCGCCGGGCGAGCUGCCUCACUUCAAAAGGAAAUGAAUAAUCCUCUGAAACGAAUGAAGGAGGAGGACAUUUUGGACCUUCUGGAGCAGUGUGAGCUGGACGAUGAGAAGCUGAUGGGCAAAUCCUCCCGGCAACGAGGCCCUAAGCCGCUGACCGCCAUGCCGGAGUGCAGUCAGACGCCCAGACGCCAGAGGCCGGACUACCUGGCCGACUUCAGCAGCGGCAGCAGCGCCGAUAACUCCUGCACCUCUUCAGAUGAGGAGGAGGAGGAGAAGAGGAAAGCUGGAGGAGGAAGAGGCGGAGAGAAGAGAGGGGAGAAGAAAGUUUCCUACGACCUUGGGGAGACCAAGGAGAAGAACUUGGCUGAGCGUUCAGGUCGCAUGCACUUGAAACCUCCAAUCAAGUCGCUCAAAUCCGGCGCCGCCCCCACCGCCUCGCCGACGCUCUCUGGGCCAAUCAGGCGCUCCAUCUCCUGCCCGCGCUCCAUUGCCUCCCUGAUCGAGGUGCGAACGCUGCCAGUCAGGCCGUCGCCCGCCGUCCCCAUGGCCACGCCCCUCGCCAGGCCCAGCUCCGCCACGCUGCGCUCCCAUUCGCUGAACCGCAGUGGCUCCGCCCACCGCGUGCCUCACAGCAACAGCCUGGGGACCAUCCACGCCAACAUGGGAGAGCCGCUGAUCAACCUGCGGAGUAAAGAGCAGGAGGCUGAGCUGGUCCGUCAGACUCUGGCCGUCCUCACCGCCAUGAGGAUCCGAUUCCCAGGAAAAACCGAGGAGGAGGCCGAGGCGGUGCUGGAUGAGAUUCUCGACAACUGGAAGUAUCACAAACCAAAGGUGGCCUCCUACUGGCUGGUGAAGCUGGACUCAACCAAACAGCGGAAGGUGUUGGACAUCGUUCGCACCAACGUUCGCUCGGCGCUGCAGCGGAUCUGGAGGGAACCGGAAGUGGACAGCCUCCACCUCUACCGGCUCUUUAACCGGGUCUUCAACCGGCUGCUGUGGAGCCACGGACAGGGCCUGUGGAACUGCUUCUCCAACACUGGCUCAUCGUGGGAGACCAUCUUCAGUAAGAGCAGCGAGGUGGUGUCGCCUCAGGAGCUGCAGUGCUGCCGCCGGCUGGUCCAGCUGUGCCGGGACUGCCUGCUGGUCGUCUACAAGUUCGUGUCCGAGUCCCGCGGCUCUCUGACCGGACUCAGCCCCGAGUGGGAUGACACGAGGUAUCUGCUGCCAGUGACCUCCCAGUUCAUCAUGAAGUGGCCUUCGUCCAGCUUUGGCCGCCUGUCCUCGGCUGUGCCGCGCUCAAGCAGCCUUUUUGCCGCCAGGAUGGGCCACUUCUGAGGUCACCGUGGCAACCCUGGCUCCCGACACCUUCGCCUUUUGACCUCCCGUCCCUCAAACCGCCGCCACCGCCCAGCCAAACCCACAUCUUCCCGGUGUGGAUCUGACUUUGGUCGACCAGACCGGGGCUCGACUCGGCCCCGAGCCCUUUGUGGAAGAUCGGCGGAUUCUAUUUUUUGUUUUUUUGGAUCGGCCGCCGUUCAGACCAGCAGACCUCCGGUUCCCUCUGUCCCUCCUUCACUUCCCCCCUCGGUUCUCGUUGUAACCGCUGUAUUAUAGCCAGUGUACAGCUAGAAGUCAUGGUACUGUAAAGGGAACGAGUAACAAAUACUAAACAAUGCAAGGAUGAUUUAUUUAUUUAUUUAUUUUCUCAACUCCGUGGAUGCAGUGAAUGCAGAAUGCAGAGCAACAAGUGGAUGUAAAAAAGAAAAAAAAAAAGCUUUUAAUUUUUUGUUUAAUUUAUUUCCUAACUUAAACCAGAGGCUUUAUUAUUAACGGUCACUUUAUGUUGUAGUUUUUUUGUUUUUUUAGCGAGGAGAUGGGGCCCGGAGAAGUGAAAAUGUUUUACCUUCUGAAUGCUAAUGCUUCAUGGUUUCCCUGUGUGAAGAGCAGCUAACAAAGCAACAUGGUGUUCAGAACAUCAGCGUAGUGAAGAGCCAAGCCGACUCUGAUGCCACGGCGUGAAGAGCUGAAAAAGCUCUCGGAGCGCCCGCCACUUCCUAAUAAAGCACUUUGCAGUUUGUCACGGAAAAAACGGAGCGAGAUAAAGAGCGGCUGCACAUUAGUAGAGUCUGCAUGCCUAGAUUUAGUCCCUUUAGACCCAGCUGUAGAUGCUAGAGAGAGGAGCUGCGUUUGGAUUAUACUUGAAGUUUUGUGUUGUCAUUAAUCAUCGUGUCUUCGUACCGGCUGAAGGAGACACUUGUGGAUGUGUUUGGAGGCCGGGAAUCACAGGUGUGCCAACAAAACGCACGUCUACGUCACGUGUUUGUUUGUUUUUUUUCACUGCAGGACUUCAGUUUGACAGUAUUAAGUGUUGCUCAGACAAACACGGUGUUCUGUGUCGGUAGUUUGUGCGUUUCCCACCAGCUGACGGUAAAUAAAGAUGGUAGUCAGAGCGUUUUUAUUUAACUAUUUGGACUAACAGGUGUAGCAGCGACGCUAAAAGCUAAAACUGCUCAGUUUUCCUCCCUGUAAACUGAACAUCCAUUCACAAUGCCAAAUAUUUUUAUUUGCCUGAUUUUAUUUGUGUUAUUUAAGAGUAGGACUUCUUUUUCAUUGGAGGUAUGAGAUUUUUAAUUUUACAUAGCAAUAAAAUGUUUAAACAAA